UAUAAGUAAAUCAUAUCGAUAGGGUACUGUCGUUUUUAUUUUUGGCACCAUAUCUAGUACUGUAUAACGUCUUCUGGAUAGCUAAAAUAGGAAACCGUUUCAAAAUCCAAUUGUAACAGUUUAUUUAAAUUAUGUCUUAUCGUAUGACGGCCGUUGGUAGAAGUACAGAGUUGAACUCAGUAGAAUUGAAGGAUGUCAUACACAAGUUAUCGGCCAACAAAUCGCCUUUAGCUGGCGUUUCAUUGUCGGAAAAAUCCUUAACCAGCGUAUGCAUGGCUGCGCGUGCAGUUUUUCUCAGUCAGCCAAUGCUAUUGGAGCUAAGUGCGCCCAUUAAGAUUUGCGGCGACAUACAUGGACAAUAUGAAGACUUGCUGCGAAUAUUUAAAAAUUGCGGGUUUCCACCUCAAUCCAAUUAUCUCUUCCUUGGCGACUAUGUGGACCGAGGGCAACAGUCCAUCGAGACGCUGAUGCUGCUGCUCGCCUAUAAAGUGCAAUAUCCUUUGAUAUUUUUCCUGCUUCGUGGCAAUCACGAAUCCAGUGAAGUGAAUCGCAUUUAUGGCUUCUUCGACGAGUGCAAGCGACGCUACAGCAUUAAGGUCUGGCGCACCUUCGUCGACUGCUACAAUUGUAUGCCAGUGGCUGCCAUCAUAGAGAACAAGGUCUUUUGCUGCCACGGCGGCCUCAGUCCAGAAUUGGAUGAUGUUAACGCGAUACGUCAAAUACCGCGGCCAAUUGAAGUGCCCCCGCAUGGGCUACUCUGCGAUCUGCUCUGGUCGGAUCCCGAUGGGGAAGUUGAAAAUUGGGGCGAAAAUGAUCGCGGCGUUAGCUACACAUAUGGCGUCAACAUUGUCAACGCAUUUCUCGAAGCGCACAAAUUCAAUUUGGUGGUACGAGCCCAUCAGGUGGUCGAAGAUGGCUAUGAGUUUUUCGCUGGACGCAAGCUGGUGACCAUCUUCUCGGCGCCCAACUACUGCAAUAUGUUUGACAAUUCCGCAGCGGUCAUGAUGAUAGAUGAUUCAUUAGUUUGUCGAUUUGUGAUCAUUAAGCCAAAAGUAUUAGCACCAACCAGUCCAAACAGGAUCACAGACUCAACUAUGUAAAUAUAAGUAGAGAUAUGUGUAGAUCUAUGUGUGUGUAUUAAAUAUGUAUGUAUUAAAAAAAAAAAGAAUU